UUUUCAAUUCUCUCUCUCAUUUCUUAUUUUUUUUCUGUUUCUCUCUCUUAUUUUUCUUGUCCCCAGAAUUUUCUUGCCUUCCCUCCUCUUGAUCUCUUCGUCUCUUUCAACCUCACCCCUUAAAUUUUCCUAAUUUAUUUGACAGAUGUCUGGAUCUGAGACAGGUGGUGUUGUAACGAAUAGUUCUCCGUUCUCCAUCGGCUUUCAAAAGUCUCCGUUGGUGGUUUCCUCCGAACAGCAACAACAGCCUGUCGUCCAUAAUAUGCAUUUUGCUUAUGCCGGCGGAGAUGGGUCGGCGGCGUUUAAGCCGGCGAGCGGUGGCUCUCCUCAUUUUCAGUCUCCUGCAGCCGCAGUCCCAUAUGAUCCAAACAUGAUGGGACAACCGGCAAAGAAGAAGAGAGGUCGGCCAAGGAGGUAUGGUCCAGAUGGGUCGAUGUCACUUGGUCUGUCUCCGGCGGGUUCUGGUGGUUCCAUGUCUCAGUCCGGCGGAUCAUUCGCUCCGACGUCACAGUCGCCUGCUUCACUUCAUUCCUUGAAGAAGGUGAGAGGCCGUCCUCUUGGAUCAAGCAAGAAGCAACAGUUACAAGCUUUGGGUUCUGCUGGUUUUGGGUUUUUACCUCACGUGAUUACUGUAAAUGUUGGCGAGGAUGUAUCAUCGAAGAUAAUGUCCUUCUCUCAGAAUGGGCCUAGGGCUGUUUGUGUUCUGUCUGCAAAUGGAUCUAUAUCCAAUGUCACUCUUCGACAAGCUGCAACAUCUGGCGGAACUGCAACAUACGAGGGUCGGUUUGAGAUUCUGUCACUUUCGGGGUCAUUUCUGCUGACUGAAAUUGGGGGGCAGCGAAGCAGGACUGGUGGGUUAAGUGUAUCGUUAGCUGGACCAGACGGGCGUGUUCUUGGUGGUUCUGUUGCUGGGCUUUUAACUGCUGCAUCCCCUGUUCAGGUUAUUGUGGGCAGUUUCAUAGCAGAUGGUGGGGAUCAAAAGAAAUCUAAGACAAUGAAUGAAAGGGAGCCUGCAUCUGCACAGGCCAAUGUUGGUUCGAUAGGAGGUGGAGGAGUAGGUGGAGGUUCGACAGGUGGCAGCAGCUCGCCAUCGCACGGAACUGCAAGUGAGUCUUCCGGUGGUGGUCCGGUGAGCCCCUUGCCGCCAAUGAACAACAACAACAACCAGUGUAAUAAUAACAGCAAUCCUCCUCCUCCUCAACAACAACCACCACCCUUUCCGAUGAUGCCUUGGAGGUGAGUUUGCAAGAAAUUUGGCAAUGGCAGCUAACAUCUACUAGAGGGUCUGUCUGUGUUGUUGUAACUUAACCCUUUUUUUGUUGUGUAGUAGUUGUUGUUGUUGUUGUUGUUGUGCAGGAUAUGUCUUCCUACGAACUUCUGUGUUCUAGUACUAGUAGUAGUAAUUUCUCUAUCUAUGGCUUGUUAAAGGUGUUCUUAGUUAGGGCAACUCUAGAGAGAACAGACUGAGGAAGAAGAUGAUGAUGUUUUUAGUAUUGUCUUGUAUUUUGAGAGAGGAAUGAAUGUUUGUCCUUUGUAGCAGUA